AUGAGCUGGACCAGACUGCGCAUCGCGGUUUGGCUAGCAUGCCUCGCCGUAGAUGUGAUAGCAGCAUCCACCUCUAUACAACUGACCACAAUAUCAAAUGCAACUUCGCCCGGGGUAACAUCACCAGCCCCCCUUGACCCGGCAGCAGCCGCGAUGGAGCAGAUGGCAGCCUCGUUAUCCCCAUGUGCAAGAUACUCGAAAACGUCUUGCAGAGUGCCCGUUCGUCGCAACACGGAUCAAGGUCCCAUCACAUGGACUCUCUUCUCUAUUGCGCUGGUGGCUCUAGCUGCUCGACUGAUCUCCAAAAUUCCUUCUUUGAAUCCUGCAUUCUCGUUCGGCUGGGACGACUGGCUGAUCCUUGCAUCUACUCUUGCGCUGAUCCCAGCAGACAUUGGAUCGCAAAUUUUGAUCGGUAUAGGUCUGGGGCAGGACAUAUGGAUGGUCUCUCCAGACAACAUCACCCAGAUUCUCUUGCUUUUCUUCGUCGAGGAGCUUCUCUACUCAUUCGUUGUGGCUGUCACCAAGUUGUCGAUCCUCAUAUUCUACCUACGUCUCUUCGCCGAGACCUGGUUCCGGGUGGUUUGCUAUGUUAUGUUAGGGGUCACGACGGUCUAUGGUAUCGGGCAGAUACUAGCUAUCGUCCUCGUAUGCUCCCCAGUGAGCUAUAAUUGGACGCAAUGGGAUGGUGAGCAUCAAGGAAAGUGCGGGAACGUUAAUCUCAUGGCAUUUAUCAACGGUGGAGUGAAUAUUGCCAUCGACUUCAUUUUGUUCAUUUUGCCAGUCACUCAAUUUAUCACUGUCUCGUGGACUCUCAAGAAGAAGAUCGGCGUGAGCCUCAUAUUUUUAGUUGGUUUAUCGGUGACGGCCUCGAGUGGGAUCCGGCUGGCUACAUUGGCGAAGUUCGGCGGAACGCAGAAUCCAACGUACGAUUACAAAGAACUAUCAAUUUGGUCGUUGGUUGAGAUGCACAUGAGUGUCAUUUGUGCGUGCAUGCCGGGGAUGACUUCUUUCAUUCGACGAGUGUCACCGCGAAUGUAUCGCAUGAAGCAGUAUACGCCUCAGCAGCCAGACAGGAAUCAGCCACGAACAGGGCGUUCCGUUGCUCGCCGCAUUCAGGACACUUUGGCACGCAUCACUACAAUCAGGAUAACGGGCAAUCGCUCGGGUUGGGAGAGCUCACAAGCAACCGUAAAGAGCAGCGGCACGGAGAGUUCAACAACUAGCGACCCAAGAUCAAACGCGUACAAAGACUACCUGACUUACGCAACUUAUGCGGACGGUCAGGAAGGGGGAACUGAGUUGAACACGUUGAGAAGUAGGGAGGUUACGUAA